AUGUCUGUUGAAAUCGAGCCUGCGGAGCUCGGCUUUCGCCGCCCGUUCACCGUCGAGGUCUCUGAGUCUUUGAGGAUCCGGAACCCGAACUCGACGCCGGUUGCUUUCAAGGUCAAGACCACAGCACCUAAGCAAUACUGUGUCCGUCCAAACUCUGGGCGCAUUGAGCCCGAUCGCGAGGUCGAGGUGACAGUUCUCCUCCAAGCGAUGAAGCAGGACCCACCUGCCGACUACAAGUGCCGUGACAAGUUUUUGGUGCAGGCCGUUCCUAUCACGGGCGACAAGGAGUUUAUCAGUGUCCAAGAUAUUUGGGAUAGAGUUGAGAAGGCAGACGUUCAAGAACGCAAGAUCCGCGUGGCUUUCCUUGCCGCCGAGGAUCCUGACGCAGUUGCCCCGACCAUUACGCCGGCCCGCCAAACUGCAACGAACGGAUUUGAUUUUACACCUGACGUCCCCCCGCCCUCUUAUGUGUCGCCGCGCGAAGAACCCACGUUGAACGGUGUUCUGUCGCCCGAGGCCGCAUGGUCGGACCGCAAAUCCGUACCGAACGUCGCCUCGCCUGCAACCUCGCAGGCGGCCUCUCCUUCUCCCGCUGCGCAUGGGACCACCUCGCCAGCCGCGGCUCAAAUAACAACGACCACCGCAAACGACAAGGACGCGACGAUUGCUGCCCUCACCGCAAAGCUGGCCGAGGCCGAGGCGCUGAUCUCGUCCUUGCGCAAAGACGGCGGUCUGCGGCAGCGCAAGGGCGCUGCUGGUUCUACGGGCGUUUCGGAGAAGUCGGGCGAUGCUGACUCGACAGCGACCGGUGAUGUACCCACCGCCCAGCUGCAGCAGCAAGUCCGGCAAGGCACCGAAGGCGUGCCGCUGCAGGUGACGGCCAUCCUCGUCCUUCUGAGUUUCCUGUUGGCCUACUUCUUCUUCUGA